GACAGAACAAGCAGGACUUUGUCCGGCCCAGGCAGGAAGUGGGCGUGUUGCUUUCAAGUCACUUCAGUCCAUUUGUGGCACUGAAACUGGAAGAAGCCGGGAGGAAAUAUCAGAGCUGUCCAAUACUUUCUGACAAUGUUUGUUACUGGGCUGAUUUUAGUCGGGGUGGUAGCAGCAGCUGUGUACUGGUACCAGCAGGUUGUGGUGAAAGGGAAGCAGUGCAGCAGUGGAGUCAGGCUGCAUGGCAAGACUGUCAUUGUCACAGGCAGCAACACGGGCAUCGGCAAGAUGACGGCCAUCGAUCUGGCCAGGAGAGGAGCUCGAGUCAUUCUGGCAUGUCGCAGUCAACAGCGGGGAGAAGAAGCACUUCAAGACGUCAAGAAAGAGAGUGGCAGCAGUCAGGUGGUCUUCAUGCAGUUGGACUUGGGAAGUCUCAAGUCUGUCCGCAGCUUUGCUGAAACCUUCCUGAGAGACGAGGCCAGACUUGACAUCCUCAUCAAUAACGCAGGUGUUUACCUGCAGGGCCGCACAGAGGACGGUGUGGGCAUGAUGUUUGGCGUCAACCACCUGGGACACUUCCUGCUCACCAACCUGCUGCUGGAGCGCCUGAAGGAGUGCCAACCCAGUCGCGUGGUCAACGUGUCGUCCGUGGGGCACAACUUUGGAAAAAUCGACUUUGAUUGCCUGACCAAGAACAAAGCUCUGGGUCUGGGGACGUCCUUCACCCAGGUCAUGCAGGUCUACUCGGACAGCAAACUCUGCAACGUCCUCUUCACUCACCACCUGGCCAAGAGGCUGCAAGGAAGCCAAGUCACCUGCUACUCGCUCCAUCCAGGAGCGAUCAACUCGGACUUAGCCAGGAACGUCAGCAGCGUCCUGCAGAUUCUGUUGAGGCCGGUGACGGUCUUCUUCUUCAAAAACACGGUGCAGGGCUCCCAGACCACUCUCCACUGUGCUCUGCAGGAGGGAAUCGAACCUCUCAGUGGGCGCUACUUCUCCAACUGCACGGUGCGGGAAGUCUUCGCCAAGGCCAAAGACGACGGGGCGGCCAAGAAACUGUGGGAGAUCAGCGAGAAAAUGUGCGCUCUGGCAUGAAAGACUCUUGGCUGACCUGCGAGAUGGAAUAAAGAUGUUCUCCUUC